ACCUUGCUCUCCGUCAUCAAGCGCAACGAACGAUCCGGGGUCUACGAGGCCUCCGAAGCGACGACGAUGGCCACCGAGGACGGGCAGCUCAGCAUUGUGACACAGACCGACAUGUCGGGCGGCACACCCGUUGGCGGGAAGGGAUAUUUGCAGCUGCCAGGGGCAGGAGGCAAACGAGGGCCCGGAAUCAACGACAUCUCAUCCUCGCCACUGUGGAAGCGACGGCAACAAAA